CACAGGAAGAGGCGGGGCCUCAGAUCAGGACGCUCGUUCUCCGUUGGUCAUUCAACAUGGCAGCGGGACCAAUUUCAGAAAGAAACCAAGAUGCCACUGUAUAUGUCGGUGGCUUGGAUGAGAAGGUGUCAGAACCUUUGCUAUGGGAGCUUUUCUUGCAGGCUGGUCCUGUGGUCAACACACACAUGCCCAAAGACAGGGUCACAGGCCAACAUCAAGGAUAUGGGUUUGUGGAGUUCCUCAGUGAAGAGGAUGCUGACUAUGCCAUAAAAAUUAUGAAUAUGAUAAAGCUCUAUGGCAAACCUAUUAGAGUCAAUAAGGCUUCAGCACACAAUAAAAACCUGGAUGUGGGAGCAAAUAUCUUCAUUGGUAACCUGGACCCGGAGAUUGAUGAGAAACUGCUCUAUGAUACGUUCAGUGCCUUUGGUGUGAUCCUCCAAACUCCAAAAAUUAUGCGUGACCCAGACACUGGCAACUCCAAGGGUUAUGCUUUCAUCAACUUCGCCAGCUUCGAUGCAUCAGAUGCUGCCAUUGAAGCUAUGAACGGCCAGUACCUCUGCAACAGGCCCAUCACAGUGUCAUAUGCAUUCAAGAAGGAUUCAAAGGGAGAGCGCCAUGGAUCGGCCGCAGAAAGACUCUUGGCUGCACAGAACCCUCUGUCUCAAGCAGACAGGCCUCACCAGCUGUUUGCAGAUGCUCCACCUCCACCUACUGCUCCAACACCAGUCCUCACCACUCUGGGAGCUGGAAUGCCUAUGCCUGGUAUGCCUCCUCCGGGUGCCUUCCCUCCUGUUCCUCCACCAGGAUCAUUGCCUCCAGCCAUGCCCCCUUCGAUGCCCAUGCCUCCCACUGCAGGGACUCCAGGCCCACAGGCUGCUGCUGGGGGGCCUCCACCUGGACCACCACCAUUUCCCCCUGCAAACAUGCAUCCAGGUAUGCCUCAGAUGCCCAUGCCCCCUCCUGCUCCUCCUGGUAUGGUGCCACCACCUCCUGCUCCUCCAGGAUCCACUCAGCCACGUGCCCCACCACCACCUGGCAUGCCCCCUCCCCCACCAAUGGGCAUGCCACCCAGAGCAUAUGGACCUCCUAUGGGCCCCCCGGUGCCUCCAGGUAUGAGAGGACCCCCACCACCGAUGCCCCCUCCUGGUUAUGGUGCCGGUCCUCCUCGUCCACCUCCAUUUGGCUUCCAGAGAGGACCUCCGAUGCCACCCAGACCUCCCGGUGCCCCACCUCGGGUCCCUAUGAGAGCACCAAUGCCACCAUAAUCCAUCUUAAAACUCAAAAAUGUGCUCUGAUUUGGCUUUUUGCUUCUUCUUGCUUUUUAUUUUUUUU